AUGCUGUCAGACAUUCUCUCGUGCGUCUACAUGGUCUAUCGCAUGGCAUUCGUCUCCGAUUAUUGUGCCAACACAUUCUACGUAUGGCAAGGGUUUCUGUUGCGGGGGCCAGUGUUGUGGGCGAUUCCAGCACUAACACUUGUACAUGCGGCCGCGUUGCUCGAACGGACAAUGGCAACAAGGUACGCGGAAACCUACGAGCGACGCGGGAAAGGCCUCGGGAUCGCGACCAUGGCUUUUAUGGUACGAAUAUUUUUGUUUCAGCUGGAUGUGGCUUACAAGGGAAAUACCCCAAGUGCGACGCUCAGAUUUUGAUGAAACUUGGCAAAAUUUAGAAUAACUUUUUAUAAAAUAUAUGCGAGAAUUCUCGAUCCCGCUUUGCAGAAACAACCGAGAUUUUUAGAUCAAAACUAUGCAAAAAUUUGAGACUUUUUGCCAAAUUUUGGCACAAAAAGUUUCGUUCCUAUUUCUACCGUAAAGGGUAAUAUUUCCACAAAAAAUCAAUUUUUUCUGCACGAAACUAGGAAACUUAUGGCCAAAAAGUGUCUCUCUCUCUGACCGGUAGUUUAGUGUACUCUCUUGGCGGCAAGGACCAUUCAACAUCCCGGCAUGCAAAGCACAAGCUAAAACUUUCAGGAAUGGAUACUUAGUCUAUGCCCGACGUGUGUGCAUAACUUAAAAAAAUCUUAACGUCGCACUUGGGGUACUUCCCCUGUUCGUAUGGCUUUGCCAUAUAGGGAAGGGGAACUUAUAAACUAACAAAAAAAGGCAAAUAAUUUUCAGUGGAUUCUCGGUACCGCAAUCAAUUACAUCGUCUUCGCGGUGGACGAUGUGUUCGAAGAGCUGCCGUAUUGCUUUGUGACAGUCCCCAAGAACCAAGAACGAAUCAGACUAAUGCUGACCGCACUACUUCCAGUGGAACUUCUCAUCACAGUCGGCGACAUUGGACUGUGGUGGGUGAAUCGGCGCGACCUGAAAACAACGUAUGUGACGGCGUCAGGGUGAAGAACUGCAAUGCAGUGUGUCUUUCAGAGUCUACAAGGCCUAUUCCUUGUCCAAGUCGUUUCAACAGUCGGAGAAUUACUUGACCAGCCGGCUGGUGAUGCCAAUUUCUUUGGCGCACUCCUCGUUUUAUUGGGUGUUUCUCACUGUGACUUCAGUUUAUCGAUCAUCGCAUGGCUAUGAUGGUGAGCCGAAGGCGUUCGUGGCGGGAGUCAUCUACGUGAACAAUGUGAGAGUUUACAUAGCGGUAAAAGGUUGUGGGAACUUCUCACGGUGAAAAUUCCCAGGAUUUUUUGCCACAAGGCAUCUUUGAGAUUUUUGGAGGGUUAGAAAUGCCUCUUUUUCAAGUUACGCUGUUCCAGAUUCUCCUCAUCGGCCUCAAUGUAUGCGUAAUCGUUUAUCUUUGCUGCCUUCGAAAAAUGGACAAUGAACGGCGGGUCCGUGAGAUUGAGCAAGGGCCGAGGAAGAAUACUGAGAUAUACUUCAAGAUGCUGAAUACUCAAAUAAAGUAAAUACGAGCAGAAUCUAAUUGGGGCUCACUCGUGGCCGGGGCUGGGCUGGGAAAAUGCGUGAAAAGGAGCAUGUAAACUAUGUGGAUUUUGCAGCCAGCUGACUGUGGCUGUCCGGUAGGGGCCACAGGGAUACAUAGUUUGCUUCCUCUACGUUGAUUGUUGGGAUCAGCAGAUUUAGCGCGAUGAUGUUCUCGGCCCUGUGGAUGAGUUGGAUUAUGUUAAAGUACUUGCGUGGCGGGGCUUCUUGACUGGCAGAGAUUCUCCAAUGUAGCCUCCACAAACGCAAUAACACUUACAUUGUUAGGGAAAAGAUAGUACCUACAGUGACGGACCCGAUCCAGUAGCAAAAAACGUACUAUUUCGCAUCUGGGAAGCAUCAAAAAUGCGGCAGAAUGCUUCCCUCACCUUAUUCUUUGUUUUGAAGGGCGCGCCCUUUCCCUCACAAAAGGAGUGGGCGCGCUUUUGAAAUCGGGGUUUUUUUCACUUGGAGAGGGAAACAUUUUGCCACAUUUUUGAUACUUCCCGGAUUCAAAAUGGUACGUUUUUUGACACUGGAUCAGGUCCCGUCACUGUUGGUUGUUGACGGCGAUAUCACCCUUGGAUUUUCAUUCUCCGGAAGGCCGCGGUGAGGACUUCUUCGCCCUCAACUUUUGUCCUAUCUUCAUAGAGCCUGGACUCGUGCCUCAUGCCUUAUGAAGUGUUUUUUAAACCUUUCCUAACGUCUUGCUCUAAAAAAUGAAACACAACCUGGAUAACUUCUAGCAUCAGUUUUUUCUAAGUUUGUGGCGUACAAAUGUCAAAACAGAACCGAGUGUUAAACAACAUUGUGGACAACUCGUACAAUUAUAUAGAUAAUCAAAUGAACCAGUUUCUUCGGCAGAGUGCGUAAUUGCGUUAUGCGAACAUUGGAAAUGAAAUUGAAAGCCCGGUAGUUUUGUAGGGCAACAUGUCGUUAAUUGUUCUGUAGAAAAACGUAUAACUUCUUUUUGAAAAACUGUUUUGCGGUGUGCGGCGCAGAGGUUCCUACUAUUUUUUUAUCUGACUUUUGCAAGGGCCAAAAAUCACCCCGGCGACUUUCGCAAGGACCGGAAUCUAUCAUUUUCUAUCUUUUGGUGCCGAAAAAUCAUAUUUAAAAGCUCUUACAGUUCCGACCUUCUUCAACGUUUGUUUAGCACGUCCCACAAAAUUGACUUCCAAAAAUUUGGAAUGAAUGCGACAGUUUUAUGCGGGGAAUCUGAAGAAUAUCGCGUGUACUUGCCCCUCAGAGCCAGUGAAGCCGUGUCGGCGGGCCUGUGCAUUCCGGCGUUUGUCAUGUUGGUCUACACGGCCGUGACAAGGAAAGAACGGGUAAUUACGUCGUCAUUGCAUUUCAAUUUCAAGGUAGGCUGAUCAAUGUUUGCAAUGCCCUUGAAAUAGUCAUUAAUUUUUUUGAUAGCAUAUCUGUCUGUCGGGAAAAUAAUGAGCACAAUUUCUCUGCUCCGAUCGUGUCGCUGAAGCAAAAAGCAAUUUUCUCGCGGAAAACUUCCCGUGUUUCGCAGCGACAAAUCAACUUCUUGGAGCGCGACGAAAUUUGAGGGUCACGAGAAAUUCCCAGGACUCUUUUCCGCGACUAUUUUGCAGCGACAAUAUUCAUUUGCUCAACUGCGAUGCGAUUUCCGAUACAACAGAGUGCCCAUUAUUUUCCGACAGAAUGAUUUUUUACCCUUGCAUUCUUUAGUUGCUCCUCUACAAUAUCUGGCUGAUUGUCGCAUGCCAAGUGCUGUCUGGUGUACUCUCUAGCUGUUACAUGCUCGUCCACUCCACCUUCUCGUCGCAACAUUGCUCUAAUCUAUUAUUCACGGUGUGGCAAUGCUUUUUAAUCCGUGGUCCCGUGCUCUGGGCUAUUCCUGCGAUAACUCUGGCGCAUGCCGCUGCGCUGCUGGAGAGGACGUUGGCCACACGAUACUCCGGCGACUACGAAAAGCGCGGAAAGAGUGUGGGGAUCAUGACGAUGAUUUCAAUGGUAAGAACAAGGUUCGAACUUAUUGUAUGUAAAUUGUUGAUAUGGAAACAAUAUUGCGAAGGGACCAGUAAUUACUUGUAUUUUUAGUGGAUUCUCGGCGCAGUCAUCGACUACAAUAUCUUUGCUGUGGACAACGUGUUCGGCAAGUUGGCGUACUGCAACGCGACCGUUCCCGAGAACCAAGGACGCGUCAGGAAAAUGCUGACUUGUCUACUUCCAAUCGAGCUUCUCAUCACAGCCGGCGACAUUGGCUUGUGGUGGAUAAAUCGCCGCGACCAAAAACAAACGCAAGCUCUGUUUGUAUCGAUACAUUGUGAUUUAGGAUUUGUUAUACGGAUUAUACGUUGUCAAAGUCGUUUCAACAGUCGGAAAAUUACUUGACCAGUCGAUUGGUGCUGCCAAUUUCUCUAGUCCACUCUUCCUUCUACAUGGUUUACUUGGCGGUGACUUCUUCAUUCCGAUCGUCGUUUGGCUACGACAGCGAUCCGAAGGCUUUUAUGGUCGGAAUCAGUUUGGUGAACGGGGUAGGAAAACCGUUUCAAAGAGGCGUGGCUUUCGAGCGUAGGAACUUUACACGAUCCAUAAAAAGAUCGUGUCUAUUUACUAUCGGUCUGUCGGGAAAAUAACGGCGGGUUGUCGCGCUUUGGAAUCGCCCAUCAUCGCUUUGCGACUGUAAGCCGCGGCUUGGGAUUUGGUGCGCGAUAGCGGCGAGGCGAAACAUUUUGCUGCGACGACUAGUCUAGACCCGCCGUUGUUUUCCCGACAGACUGUUGGAGAGGGCAGCAUUUUGCCACAUUUUUGAUACUUCCCGGAUGCAUAAAUGGGAAGUUUUUUCCACUGCAUCAUCUCUCAUUGUAGUAUCAGGAUUAUUUAGAGCUGAUUGGACAGUUUUUCUCCUCAGGCACUCAGUUUCGCUAGCCCUGAGUUUGAAGAUCUUGCCUGUUUUUAGCUCUUGAAUGUAACUUUUUUCAAAUGAGAUGACCGUCGUUCAGAUUCUAACAAUUGGCCUGGCGAUAUGCAUCAUCACUUAUCUUUGGUGCCUCCGAAAAAUGGAAAACGAUCGUCGACUACGUGAACUCGAACAUGGAUCAAAGAAGAACACCGAGAUCUACUUCAAGAUGUUGAAUUCUCAAAUAAAAUAA